CUCUCUUCACAUCACACUUUAACUCCUUGCUUUUGCUCGGAAAAACACAGACUCUCACACAAGAUAUAUAUUCAUAUACACAUAUAUAUAUAUAGUUGGAAUAAGAAGCUCAAGCAUUCAAGGUUUCUCUCACAUUCUUUCUUCGACCAUUUCCUUCAGAUUAUUCUCUAUCACCAGGUACGUACUAGAGGAGCAAUGCUAUUGUUUUUUCUUUUUUUAUUUACAUUUUUUUUAUCACUUGGUUUUCUUACGAUAUCAAAACUUUGAUUCAGUUUAUGUUCAUUUUGUAUAUUGUAACUUGGUGGUUCGGACUGGUGGAUUAUAAUAAGACCUGUGUUUAAUGAGCUUAAUCAAAGUUUGAAAUUUGGGUUGUGUUUUUAUCAUAAAACCCCAUCAAGCUAAUUUAGCUUACAACAACAAUCAAGCCAUAUCGUACUAAAUGAGGUCGGUUGUAUGAGUCCUAUCACCCAUUGCUUUGGUUAGACAAUGGAUUCCGAACGAAGAAUAAUAGUUUUGCAGUUUCAUAUAUUGUGGUGGUAAUAUUAUGUAAUCUAUGAUUUGUAAUUGAUGAUUAAGCAAUGUGUAAAUCUUCGCUCUGUUUCUUUAUUUUUUAUUUGUAUAUAUUUUUUUUCUCUUUCUAUAUACUUGUUAAAAUUUGAUUUUUGUUCUGAUGGAACUGGAUCUUUUGACUCUAAGAAAUAUCAAGGGCAAGAUUUUGGUUGCCCAAACCGGUUUGGAAGAUUUGUUUUCGGCUAAAUGUAUUCGGGUUUUCGUAGGAUCUUGACAACAUAUGGUACUGUGUUUGUGUAUUUGUACAUGUUCACCUCUUUGUGGUGUCUAAAGAGUAAGUCAAAGUGGAUCGUCCCUUUAUAAAGUUUUAGAUUACGGUUAGGGAAUUGUUCUAUUUAUAAAAUUUAGACUAUGGCAGAGGUAUUGUCCUAUUUAUAAAUUAGUUCACUUGAGUUAUAAUCAGGUUAGAGUGGGUUAAUAAAUCAGGUCGGGCAUGAACAGACAACGGAUCAAUCCAACCCAAUCCAAUAUAUGACCGAGUUAAAAUUGGGUUGAGUUCGAACGCAUUAUAACUAUAUAAAAAAAAACACCUGCUUGUUAGAAUUUAAAUUCAGAUUGGACAUAGACAAAUUCGGAUUGACCUAACCCAAAUUGCACCUCUAGUCCAAACAAGCAAAAAAAUAUUGUUUUAGUAAAUAUGUAUAUUCCAUAAAUAAAAAAAGUAAAUACGUAUUUCCUAUAAGACUACAGUAAAUAGUUUCCUAAAAGAGGUUACUACUGGUGCGUUGUGGCCAUUGAGAAAUAAAAAAAUAUUAGUGCUAAAUGUGCAAUAAGCGUGUUAAUCGUGCAGCUCUCGCACUUUAAUCCUGCUAUAUAUGGGCUUUGAACGUGUAAUAACCCUGUGAAAUUACAUUAUUUAUUGACGUGGCCAUGGCAUUAAUCCUACUUGGCAAUGCACCCUGAAAUUAAUCGUCCAUAUUUUGCCAGUCGGGACCAUAAGCACGAGCAAGGCACGCGCAUUUGUGCGCAGAGCCGCUCGACGGCAGUAAUUCCCACAUGCGCGCUAAAUUUGUACAGUUUUGUGUGUUUAAAAGUUGGCCGCCGCCGCCACCAUUUCUGUCACUGUCUGUUUUUGAAGAACCUAGUCGUCAUGGAUCCCGAGAAAAUUGCUCAUGGGACUUUGUCGGAACAAGAAGAAGUUUGCCCAACUGCUAUAGAAGAGGUGGCGUUGGUGGUGCCGGAAACUGACGACCCAACCCUACCGGUGAUGACAUUCCGGGCGGUGUUCCUCGGCAUAUCGACAUGCACUCUAUUGAUCGUUCUCAACACAUUCUUCACAUUCCGUACGCAGCCGCUGACCAUCGCCCCCAUCUUAAUGCAAAUCAUCAUUUUACCCUUGGGAAAGUUGAUGGCUUCCACUCUCCCGACGCGGGAGUACAACCUCCCCCUCCUGAAUUGGAAGUUCACCUUGAAUCCUGGGCCGUUCAACAUGAAGGAGCACGUAAUCGCCACCAUCUUCGCCAACUGCGGGUUUUCUCCCGGUGGAGGCGACGCCUAUCCUAUCGGAGCCAUUACUGCUAUGAAAUUGUAUUACAAGCAGAGCGUGACUUUUCUUUGCGCCCUCUUCAUGGAAUUAACCAUAAAGAUAUUGGGAUAUGGAUGGGCCGGAAUACUUAAGAAGUACCUGGUUGACCCUAUGGAGAUGUGGUGGCCUUCCAACCUCGCUCAGGUUUCUCUGUUCAGAGCACUGCAUGAAAAGGACCACGGAUCCAAAGGCCUUACACGGAUGAAGUUUUUCCUCAUAGCCUUGGCAGCGAGCUUCACCUAUUACGCACUCCCUGGUUAUCUGUUCCCGAUAUUGACAUUCUUCUCUUGGGUGUGUUGGGCUUGGCCGCACAGUGUCACGGCUCAACAGAUCGGCUCAGGUUACCAUGGACUCGGAGUUGGCACCUUCUCCUUUGACUGGGCUGGGAUUUCAGCUUAUCACGGCAGCCCCCUCGUUGCACCUUGGUCUUCCAUUCUCAACACUGGCAUCGGAUUUGUCUUGUUCAUCUAUGUCAUUGUCCCUAUUUGUUAUUGGAGGUUUAACACAUUCAAUGCUAGAAAAUUCCCCAUAUUUUCCAAUGAUCUCUUCACCUCCAGUGGGCAAAAAUAUGAUACUAAACGGGUACUGACACCCCAGUACGAUCUUAACAUUGAUGCCUACAACAGUUAUGGCAAGCUCUAUCUUAGCCCUCUUUUCGCUUUAUCCCUCGGAAUAGGAUUUGCAAGAUUCACAGCAACCCUUAGUCAUGUGGCACUGUUUCAUGGCGGUGAUGUGUUAGCACGAAGCAGAUCGGCGAUGAAGAAUGUGAAAGUGGAUAUCCAUGAAAAACUGAUGAAACGUUACCAAAAAGUACCUCAGUGGUGGUUCCUCGUUUUGUUUAUAGUGAGUGUUGCACUGUCCCUAUUAACGGCUUUUAUAUGGAAAGACGUUGUGCAGCUGCCUUGGUGGGGGAUGCUAUUUGGCUUUGCCUUGUCUUUCAUUAUCACCCUCCCAAUUGGUGUCAUUCUAGCAACCACCAACCAACAACCUGGAUUUGACAUCAUAUUUCAAUUCAUUAUGGGGUAUAUGCUACCAGGAAAACCCAUUGCAAACAUUGUUUUCAAAUUCUAUGGACGAAUCACCACUGUCCAAGCUCUCUCUUUCUUAGCUGACCUUAAACUUGGGCACUACAUGAAGAUUCCACCUCGCUCCAUGUUCAUAGCUCAGCUAGUGGGAACUCUGGUUGCCGGUACUGUCAACCUUGCAGUUGCAUGGUGGAUGAUGGAAGGUAUUAAGAACAUAUGUGACAUUGAAGGGCUUAAUCCUAACAGCCCAUGGACUUGCCCGAAACACAAAUUCACCUUUAGUGUUUCUAUUCUAUGGGGCCUUAUUGGACCAAGGCGACUGUUUGGACCUGGAGGAUUGUACAGAAACUUGUUAUGGUUAUUUCUUGUUGGAGCUAUUUUGCCAGUUCCCAUUUGGAUAUUGACCAAAAGAUUCCCAGAAAAGAAGUGGAUUUCAUUGAUAAAUAUCCCGGUCAUUACUUAUGGUUGUGCUGGGAUGCCACCAGCUACUCCCACUAACAUAGCAAGUUGGCUUGUCACUGGAACCAUCUUCAACUAUUUCGUGUUCAGAUAUCGUAAGCGCUGGUGGCAGAAGUACAAUUAUAUUCUAUCUGCAGCAUUGGAUGCUGGCACAGCUUUCAUGGGUAUCCUAAUCUUCUUUGCCUUUGAGAAUCGACACAAAAGUGUUGACUGGUGGGGCUCUGAACUUGACCACUGUCCUCUUGCAACAUGCCCUACUGCACCUGGUAUUGUGGUUAAAGGAUGUCCUGUUAUUUGAAAAUAUAGCUAGUUUUGUAUCAGGUUUAUGUUUCUGUUGUCUGUUAAGUUAGUAGUAGUAAAAUAUGAUCAUUUCUUUAUUUAGGUAUAAUUUGGCAACUGUUAGCCUUUCAAAUGUGUUGGUUUUGUCUACUGAGAUUAUGAUUUUUUUAUCACAACUAAAUUUUAGUGUAUCGCUUAUCAUCUCUUC